AUGUGCGCAGAGCCGAAUUUUGGAAAUGGCAUACUGGUGCCCCAAUACGGUAAACCUCCUACACCUCUGAAACAACGGCACGGUGAACUCACUGCCUUGGACCCUGUCAAUUCUCCCCCUCCUAUCGCCUCCCUCGAGCUUGUUCAUCCAUAUCGCAUCGCGCUUGCUGCCGCGCUUGCUGCCGGUGCUUACUUCCCCUUUGCGGUCAAUCGAGGGAGUCUCCCAGGAGCGAAGACGCUAGGAAGCUCUCGGGGCGGGUGUGCCGUCUCGUGGGAAGCCGACUCCUCGCGGACAAAACCAAUAAUGACGCUCCGAGUGGGGUACCAGUUCGUGGUUGCGCCAAUCGAUCACGACGUGGAUCGCCCGAGAUCUUCCCGGGGUUGCCUUCUCGCCGGGGCUCUGGGACCAUCGCUACCCUGGCUCGUUCUACGGGAGGAGUUGAUCUUUGAUCCCAGUUUGUCCACUUUCAUUUCCCAGUUUCCACCGGCCGAAAGCCCCGAAACCCUAGAGAUUUCUUUUGUCGAAAGCUUAGAAAGUUCCCAAACCGCAGCGGCGCCUCUUGCCGUCUGCGCUGACUGGCAGGCUAUAGCGGCGUGA